AUGAAGGUCUCUCUUAUGCUCUGUCUGACCGCUCUGGCGGCUACUGUUUCAAGUGUGCCUGUGGCUCCAGCUGAGCGGGGAAUUGACGACAUGAAUGCCAUCGCUGCGUGGGGUGCCAUCAAAAGAGGUGAUGAAAAGGCCAGGGAUAUCGACGACAUGAAUGCCAUCGCUGCGUGGGGUGCCAUCAAGCGGGGCGAUGAGAAGGCCAGGGAUAUCGACGACAUGAAUGCCAUCGCUGCGUGGGGUGCCAUCAAGCGAGGCGAUGAGAAGGCCAGGGAUAUCGACGACAUGAAUGCCAUCGCUGCGUGGGGUGCUAUCUAA